AUGGGUAAACUGGAAAGUUGUAUUGUUGGUGCAACGGUUGGUACAAGUCAUAUCAUACCAUCUAAUACUUUCGAUAAUCUUAAUCAUUCCAUUAUGUAUAAGCGAUCACGCGGUUUUCCGUUACCUAUAACACCGAGUGACUCGUACACAUCCAGUAUGCAAGCUAUUGGCACUAAAAAUUCCAAAAUUGAAACUGUUUCUUGGACAACAGUGCCACGAGGAUGGGAUGUUUUUCGUUUAUUGCCACUGCCACCAGAUAAUCUAAAUCGAGAAAGUCCUACUAAUCAAGUGGAAGUGUUGCCAGCACAUGUCAUAAAGUGGGUUUGGGCAGUUUAUAUUUCGUUAUGCAUUCCGGAAUUGCAAUGCUUCAUUGGUUCCAUUCAUCGAGCCUUCUUUCGGAAUGUCAAAAAACCAACGUUUAUACAAUUUCUUGCUGUUUUUGUUGUGGAAACUUUAAAUGCUAUUGGUGUUGGUAUAUUAGUAUUUAAAAUAUUGCCUAAUUUGGAUGCCAUUACCGGUGCAAUGCUCACUAAUUUUGCAUGUUUCGUGCCAACUAUUUUAUUAUUAUUAAAUCGUCGACCAAAUCGUUUAGCCAUAUUACUUAUGGCCGCUGAUUUUCUUUGUAUAAUUGUACAAAUUGUCGCACUGUGGGCGUUAUCGGAUUUAAAUGCAACACUUCAAAAAUUCAAAUUUGUUUUACCACUAUGUUUGAUAUUAAUAUCACUUAGUUGGUGGCAAAAUUUUGUACAUGUUGAAAGUGCCUUAGCACCAAUUCGAAUACUUGCACGAUUUGCUGCAGCAUUAAAUGAACGACGAUCAAAAACUUACGUUUUAAUUUCUCUUUGGAAGUGUAUUGUUUAUUUACUUAUGGUAUUCUUAGUACUUACCAAUAAUAUAACGCCGAAAGAUCUCUUCGAAAAUGAUCCAUUUGGCGAAAAAUUAUUAACAAUAACUGCCCGACAUUUAAAUCAAACACAAAUUAACAAAUUUUAUGGUCGUAUGGAAAUGGAAAUAGCUAAUAAUGAGAACACUAAACUUUCAACUGCACAUACUUUGAAUUUCGUUGGGAUGCGAAUGAUGAAACCAUCUGUUGUAUUGAAAAAUCAUAGCAGUCGUAAUUUAACCAAUCAAUGGAAUAACCGUAAUUUUCUAAAUCAAAACCAAUUGAUACAUGGAAAAUUACCAUUAUCAUCUCCAUUAUCACCAACAAGACAAUCCUUUCCAAUUCAAAAAAUGAACAAACAGACUGAUCACAAUGUAAUACCAGCAGUUAACAAUUUUAAACCGAAUGAAUCACCUGAGAAUUUAACCCGAGAAGAAUCUGAAAAAUCUUUCGAAAAUCGAAAGAAACGAACUGUUGAUGAUGAUGAUGAAUAUGAAAUACCACCGAAUACUUAUAACAUAUAUGAUGAUUACGUGGAAUUAAAUCAAUAUACAACUCGAUUUGAUGCUCUUUGGAUUGUACUCAUCCAAGCUAUUGCUGUAAUACUUACCUAUCAUACUUCUAAAUUUGCUUGCAAGGUAAUGCUACAACGGACAUGUUUUGCAUUACCGAUGGUGCUUAGUGUUCCGGCAACUGUUGCUUUAUUAUUUACAGUGUGUACGAAACGAUACACCAAUGCUUGUCACUCAACUAAUUUUCUUCCUAAAGAAUUGUUCUGGCGAUGUGAUACAACAAAGAGUUUGUCGGAAUUUUUCCUUUCACCAUUAACACAAAUUUGGCUUGCUAUUUUGAUGGUACAAUUAUGGACAACAAUACAUCUUUGGAGGCCACGUCAGGAAAGACUUGCCAAGACGGCCAAAUUGUUCAUUCUGCCAUACAAUAGCGCUCUCUUCACGGAUCAAUGUUUGGCACUAAAUCGACGAUGUGAUGAUAUGACAAAAAUUCGAACUGAGGAUUUGGAUUUCGAUACAGAAAAAUUGUCAGCACGUGAUGUAAACUUUGGACUGACGUAUACGAAGCCGAUUGCAUCACUUUCAAGUGGUUCCACGGGUAAAGUAGUCGAAACAGCUAUGAUAAAAGAAAUGGCAUCAUCAGCAGAUGCGGUAACAAAAAUUUACGUUUGUGCAACAAUGUGGCAUGAAACAGCGAUCGAGAUGACUUGCAUGUUGAAAAGUAUCUUUCGUCUUGAUGAGGAUCAAUGUGCUAGAAGAAAUGCUCAAAAAUAUCUUAAAAUCAUAGAUCCAGAUUAUUAUGAAUUCGAGGCGCAUAUAUUUUUUGAUGAUGCUUUUGAUAUCAAUGAAUAUGGUGAACCAGUGAUGAAUAAAUUUGUCCAACAACUGAUUGAUAAAAUUGAUGAAGCGGCCAGUGCGUUACAUCAAACUCAAAUGAGAUUAAAACCACCGAAAAAAAUUUCAACUCCGUAUGGUGGACGUUUGAACUUUAUUAUGCCUGGCAGAAAUAGAUUAAUGAUACAUUUGAAAGAUAAGCAAAAAAUUCGAGUUCGAAAGCGUUGGAGUCAGGUGAUGUACCUGUACUAUUUGCUCGGUUAUCAGUUAAUGAUGAAAGUGGACGAUGAAGUAAGGAAAGAGAUAAUCUCGGAGAAUACAUUUAUUCUAACGUUAGAUGGUGAUGUAGAUUUCUCACCACAAUGUGUUCAUCUUCUUGUUGAUUUGAUGAAAAAAGAUCGACGUCUUGGAGCAGCUUGCGGUCGAAUACAUCCACGUGGAUCUGGUUUGAUGAUAUGGUAUCAAAAAUUUGAAUAUGCAGUUGGUCAUUGGUUACAGAAAGCAACGGAACAUAUGAUCGGUUGCGUACUUUGCUCACCCGGUUGCUUCUCGUUGUUCCGUUCAUUGGCACUGAUGGAUGAUAAUGUUACCAGAAGAUAUGCAUCGAAGGCCGAAAAUCCGGUUGAUUUUAUUCAAUAUGAUCAGGGUGAAGAUCGUUGGUUAUGUACUUUACUUCUACAACGAGGUUAUCGGGUUGAAUAUUGUGCAGCAUCAGAUGCUUUAACUUAUGCACCCGAAGGUUUCAAUGAAUUCUUCAAUCAACGCCGUCGUUGGAUACCUUCAACAUUAGCAAAUAUUAUCGAUCUGUUGCAAGAUUACAAAAAUGUUAUCAAUGUGAAUGAAUCAAUUUCCAUUUGGUAUAUAUUAUAUCAAUGCAUCAUGCUAACCUCAUCAAUUCUUGGCCCUGGGACAAUCUUCCUGAUGGUUGUUGGUGCCUUAUCAAUAUCAUUUAACAUUGAUACUUCUUUAUCAUUGUUUAUUGUCACCUUACCGGUUGCAACAUUUUGCUUUAUGUGUUUCAUUAGUGAUACAGAAAAACAGUUAAUAGCAGCGCAAAUUAUCGGUGCGCUAUUUGCUAUGUUAAUGACAGCUGUAAUUGUUGGAACAGUGAUACAAAUGCAAAAAGAUGGAAUUAUGUCACCACAUUCCAUAUUCUUACUUUUUGUUAUUGGAAGUUUCAUCAUCGCUGCUGUGUUACAUCCACUGGAAUUUACCUGUUUAACGCCGGGAAUUCUAUAUUUCUUGGCAAUACCAUGCAUGUAUAUGUUACUUCCAAUCUAUAGCUUAUGCAAUUUGAAUAAUGUUGCAUGGGGAACACGAGAAAAUCCAAAAGUGGAAGAAAAAGAUCCUGUAAGGCAAAAAUUCAGCAAGCACAUUGAUCUAAUUAGUAAUAAUGCUAAUGAG